GACCACUAAAACGACGUACGCUAACUUCGUAAAAUCGAGUAUUCAGUCACAGAGAUUGCGUCGAAAAAACAGCACGCGAUUGCUGCGUCGUGGAAUAGCGCCCAUUUUCGUAAAAAAAACAAAUAGCGAGUCUUCCUCAAAAGCAGAAUCGGUGUGUUGUGUGUACUGUAAAUAAAUAUUUCAACAUCAGUGUGGGUGCCAAAAGAGGAAUAUGUCUACAGCAAUAAUGUCACAGAAUGCCAUGUACGAGUUCGGAGAGAGCUUAAUAAAGAACGGUUUGGCCAACGCAGACUCAACGGCAGGAGCAGUGCGACUUACUUUAUCCAGAAUGGCAUCUAACCCUGUAGGACAAGCUAGUCCUAACCAGCUUGCAGCCAUGCUAUUAGGAAAUAUCACCACUCAACAUCGAAGGCUGGAACGCACGCAGUCAGCGCCCGCCCCGCCUGUAACUGCCCCGGCGGCGGCAAUAACUGCCACUACAGUAAACACGUCGCGCUACAAAACGGAGUUGUGUCGGCCAUUCGAAGAAUUCGGGGUGUGCAAAUAUGGCGAUAAGUGUCAGUUCGCGCAUGGUAUGAACGAAUUGCGCAGUUUGGCUAGACAUCCGAAAUACAAAACUGAACUAUGUCGCACUUAUCAUACUGUCGGUUUUUGCCCCUACGGACCUCGAUGCCAUUUUGUCCACAACCAAGAUGAAGUGGUCAUGCAAAAACCGGCACCGCCAGGAAUGUUGGCUACCAGAACAACAAAUGCAUCGCGUCCCCGACCGGCUGCUCUCAGUCCGUCUCUUUCCCUGGAUAGCCCGAGCCCUCCUUGCAGUUUGAGCCAGUCUCCUACCUCUUCGAUGGGAUCGUUUUUCAGUAGCGAGCCUGAGCUACACUCGCCUAUUUUGGAUGACCAGCGUCUACCAGUUUUCAAUAGAUUCCUAGAUAGGACGCAAUUGCUCAUGAAAGAAUUAAUGCUGUAGUGCAUUCUCAAUGGCUGAUUAAUCUAAACUGUUCUCACUUAUUUUUCUACCAAACCAUAUGAUAAAACGAAACCCAUUCAAAGGACUCUUAUACUUUCAAAAAUGAAAAUGAAUUAUAUCUAUUAUUUCUAGAAGAGUCCCAUUUUUAUUUCAUUGAGUGCUAUUUGAUUUUAUUUUAUAUAUUCGCCAGUUCCAUGGCGCUGACUAAUGUAAAUUAUUUACAAAUUCAGUUUUUCCUAGUGGUUCCUCCAGUUGUUUCAUUUCAUUCCAAAUCCUUACUUGUAGCUAUACUGUUUAACGAUUUUGCUGGACAAGUUGCUAUUGUUCCCUGGUUUGGUAGAGAAAAAGUAUCAAGAGUUUUCCUUUAAAAUCCAACUCAGACUUUAUUUAAUAACAGUGUCUUAUUUAUGUUACAGAUAAUUAUCUCCGCCAGAAUGGCGGCGUGAUUUUGAUAUUGUGUGAUUUUUAAAUAUUAUUAAAUUUAUAAGAGGUGUGUUUUAUACGAAUGUUGAUACGUGAAUGUGAAAGUUAGAAUAAGUCAAAGUCAUCGGUCUCGAUUCGUUACAUUCCGUGAUCGAAGUUUAUUUAUUAUUUUUAUUGCCGCUUUUUCUCAUUUGUUUUCCCUUUUGUGUGCCUAUAUUCAUGCGACCGAUGAGAGAAUAGGAUUUUUUGUUAUUUAAAUCAUUAUUUAAUUUGUGUGUUUUCUCAAUCAACACGUUUAUGUUAUAUUUUAUUAUAAUUUAUAUGUAACUUAUUAUUUAUACCGCAAUAUUUAGAGACGAUCGUGCUCAUUGUCAGUCGGCUUCAGCUGGCUGGUCGGGAGUUCGCGCAAUACCUGUAUAUUAUUUAUGUAUCUAGCAAAUAAUGCAUCUUUGUAUGAUUGAUUAUCAAUAAAUUAUAUUUUGUUCUUUA